AUGAACAUGCCAUGGUGCAAACUAUUCAAUAUCAGCCAUGGAGAGUACAGACACCUCGAGGGAAAGCCUCACUUCGAUGAGUUCUACGAGACCAAGCAGAGUUUUCUAGUCAGGAGUCUUGCGGUCCCAUUUCCUCUACCGGAAAUCCACACUGUCCACCAGGAUGCCGAGAAAGCUCGGGGCCCCCACUAUCGAGGACUCCUAGCCCUUCCGGACGAAACCUUGGUCGCCAUCAUCAGUGAUCCAGACUUCUCCCUUCCUGACAUGGUCGCCAUCUCCAUCACUUGCAAGCGGCUCUUUGCUGUCUCUGCUCGUGCCAUUGGAGAGGCACGCCUCCUAGCUGCCGCUCGCUGGUCUGGGUGCCGGAUAGCUUGCGUAUGCGAAACAGCGUGUUUCAGCGACCUUCCUCCCGGUAUGCUAGACGACGACGACAGGGCACAAGUUGAGGCGAUGAUCACGUUCAUCGACACCAACUUUGCAUACGGAGGCGUCGACGUCGUUUGCAAGGUUCCUUCGCCGCCGCUCUGGCGCGGGGCAUUCGACUACAUCAGGCGCGGGUAUGGGUGGUACAAUGAUCUCCAAGGACGCGAUCUCGAUAUGUUCAAUCUUGUCGUGUCCCAAACGUUCCCCGUGGACCGCAAGGACUGGGUUCUUGUUAACCUCAGCAAGCUUGAGUACGUCAAGGCAUCUGCGCUGGCCGAGCUCUGCGGUAAACCGGACGACCUCCAGCCGUUCCUGCCAAACUGCAAGGUCGACCUAGGCCAUGCGCUCCUCACACGCAUAUGCUGGGCCAGCGAAGACAGUCCUUUUUGGUUCGGAUCAGCGCACAUUCCCCCGGAGGUUGGACGUGGGCCAUGGGCAGGAGACAGGUUCGCCAUCAACACGAUGGAUAGACUAGGGAAACAAAAGGAAGGACAGCCGCAGUGGAAGGACGUCAGCGAUGCGAUUGUCCGGGACGUCAAGAGGAUCUUUGAAAGUAUCUUCCACGGAGAAACGGACAAUGUUCUGAAGAUGACCCCCUUGCUUCAAGAGAUCGACUGGUACUGGUAUGGGUCCGAUGGAGACGAUGAAGUGGCAGUCACUGGGAGGGACGCACUGGCAAAUCCGUACUAG